AUGAUAAAAGUAUGGCAUUCCUCCGGGCUUAUGGUGACGCUUCACGCCAGCUAGAGUAUGACCCACGUAAUCCACUGGCCCGUGUCGACUGUCACGAUUGGACGGACGUGUGCGCUAAAGAGAAUGUGACCAUGUUCCCCACACUGAGGAUAUACAGAAACGGAGAGAAACUUCGGAACUACAAAGGGAUGCUGGACACACAGAAUGUUGUCAACACGGUCAAGCUAUUGAAUCAUACGGACAUGACAGACUUAAGGAGUGUGACAGAUAUAGAAACAUUCCUUCUAGGAAAAGUUCCCGGCGGCAUGGAAAUCGCAAGUGACUCCAUGGUGUUAGGUCUUUUUGAACCUCAUCACAAAAAAGAGAUGGAUGUGUUUAGGAAGAUUGGUAAAGAGAUGGAAGACAGAAUCAUGUUUGGAAUCAACAAAAAUGGUCAAGGAUCAUCUUUAGCUAAAGACAAAUUUGAUGUGACAUUACCAGCAGUAAUAGUGAUUAGGCGAACUGAUCAUGUCAGUCCACACACGGUCUACAUGGGCGACUUUAACUCGGCACAACUGGGAGAGUUUAUCAACCAUGCUCGCAUUCCUAAAAUGCCAGAGCUGACAGUAAAGAUGUUCCCUGAUCUGUACAGACAGAAAAAGCCAUUCCUUAUAGCCUUCCUGGAUAGCCAAGAUAUAUCCCAGGAGGUCAAGGCCACUCUGUCUUCUAUUGUCAAGACUGGGCAGGUCACCGAGGUCAUCUUCUGUUGGAUCAGGGCAGUUGGAGAUGAUUUUGGGACGAAAAUCUUGAAGAAAUAUAAUUCCGAGGGCAGCACGCCCGCUAUAUCGCUGGUCAACCUUGACUUGGGUGAUGUAUUUAACUACGACCAGUUGACCUUUGGUUCUGAAGAACUUAUCAACUGGUUACAGGGAUCAUUGAGGGGAAAGUCUAGUCCUAAUACGAUACUUCCAAAUGGGGAUUGGAAGCCAUUGAAAGAAGGCUACAAUUUCCUCGCUAUGAUGGACUGGGAGUCAAAAAACAAACAAAAGGCCAACAAUGUACCAGACGACCUUGUAGCCACUGAGGAACAUGGUAUAGGAUUCGAUGAAGAUGGUAACGAGGUGAAGAGGUCGGAAGACGGUAAAGAUGACAUGUCAUCCACAAGGUUAAAGAAUGCUUUCGAAGAAGAUCAGGUGCGUCAUGAGCUGUUGGCACUGAAGAAAUCCAGACUGUAUCACCACUCUGGAGGGAGGAGGAAAAUGCAUGAAGAGGAAGGAUCUGAUCAGGUCAAGGUCACCGAGGACCAUGUCAAGGUCACUGAUGAUAAUGUUAAGGUCAUGGAAGGUCAAGACACACCACGACACGGACAGGAGAAUCACGAAGAAUUAUAAUCUUGAAUGAGUUUUAAGAAAUAGUCAUGAUUUAUAAAAGGGCGAAAGAAAUAUUUUAUAAAAAAUGAUAAUAAUGAUUGGGUUCAAUGUUUCCCAAUUAUUUAAGGAUGAUUCUAAUACUUUAACACAAAAUAGAAACACACUACACAAAGUAAAAGUGCUAUAUUGUCAUUCUUUCUUAUCAAUAUUUAAAAUUAAAUCAGGUUGUUCUGUUGAUGAGAUAUAUAUUAUUUUAAUUUUCAAUUUUCCUGAUAAAAUCAGUCCUUUAUACCUUUUGGUAGCCAUCAAAAAUGUUAAAUAAAUUCUGAAGGUGAAUAAUUAAAACCUACUUCCUUUUGACUAUUUGUUUUUCAUGAUUUUAAACUUAUAAAUAUUCAGAUAAUGAAAAAGAAUGCAUAAUACAUACCCCUAAAAAUGGACCAAUUUACAAAUUUUGAAAUUAUACUACAGGGUAGAUUUCAAAAGAAGAGGAAUUUUGUAUGAUUUUUUUUUCUCAGUGUUGUUUUACAUAUUAACUACCUUUAAUACACAUUCCACACUAUAUUUUUUAUUGUUUUAUGGUGUUUUUGUUUUUAUGAUAGUUAUUGUGCUUAUAUCAUAUUUUUUUUUAUUGAA